UUUGUCUCUUUAAUACACCCCCAUCUGCAUUUCAGUUCACAACUAGACAAAUGAACAACUUGAAUAUCCAAUUACUGAUAAGAAACUAAGCCUCAAAACUCAAAUUGCUCUGAUUCCGAACGCAUGUGAUCGGAUGGCCAUCGUUCUAGAUACCUCGACGAACAUAUUUUUAUCCCAAAACAAAUGUGCGGUCCAGAUGAGUGCUUAGUUAGUCAAAUGAAGUUCAUGAUGACAAGCCAGAACCAUUAAGUACAUGUAGGGACCUCUUAACUCUAAGUCACAUGCAAACCCAAUUAAUAACAUCCCCUCAUCCCAUAUAUUAAAAACCCACACACCUUCCUUUGACUAACCCAACCUUUUCUCUCUUUUUCAUGUUAGCAACUUAAGUACUCACGAAACACACCCAUGUCUGGUUCCAGAAAGAAGCUUCUUCUCAACACCGUGUCCGUGAAACUAGGUUGCAGCAGCUUCAGAAGACCGAAGGUGUUGUGGCGCAUGUUCCACCCAAAGCCAAAACCCACUUUCCAAAGCCACAAACAUUUCAACCAUUCAUCGAGUGAGGACAAAUGUGACAGCACCAGCACCACCAACACCAACACCAACACCACAUUCUCUCCCUACGUUGACUCCUCGCACUUUUCUGACUCAGAUAAUUCGUACGUGAAGAGUGUGGGGGGUUUGGGAAUAGGAGGGAAAGAAGGCGUGGCAGUGGAGAAAGACUCUGAUGACCCUUAUCUGGAUUUCAGACACUCGAUGCUGCAAAUGAUAUUGGAGAACGAGAUAUACUCGAAGCAAGAUCUCAGAGAGCUUUUGAACUGUUUUCUGCAGCUGAAUUCGCCGCAUCACCAUGGGGUUAUUGUCAGGGCUUUCACUGAGAUCUGGAAUGGGGUCUUCUCCGUGAGGUCUAGUUCUCCCAGGAUCAACAUCAAUCGUAGGCCACGUCACUACUAAGUGCUGCACCUGCACGUGAAGGUUAACCAAGUUCUUUGUUAUUCUAGGCUAAAUAUGUGGUCCAACUAGGCACAAACUUUGUUCAGCUAUGCUAAUUAGGUUGCUAACUUUGUAAUUUUUGUUGUAGUAGUACAUUUGUACUACAACAUUUUGAUUAGCCAAAUGUAAAAAGGGUGGUACCAUUAUCUGUUAUGAGUAGUACGGAGUAGUAUUAUUAUCUGUUACUACACCUAGUUGGGAUAUAUUCUUCUUCUUCCUCUUUACUUUUUAGUUACAAAGUUGGGUAGAAUUUCUCCACCGGGUGAAGCUGGAUUGUAUUUCCCUAGAAAAUGAUUGGUAGAACUCAUGCUAUGUUUUAAGAAAUAAAAUAAUUGUGACCAUGUCAUGUAUUUGUUUGGGUGUGAGGGACUUGGUCAAAAUAAUUCCCAAGUUUUGCGAUGACAGUAUAGUAUGGCGAUGGUGAUGAAAAAAAAAAUGGAAGAGAUAUAUUGGGAUUUGAAUUACAAUAAUGAGUGGUCCGAGGGAAGAGAGACAGCGAGUUUAUUGCUUUUGAAUGAGAUGAGAAUAGAAACUUUUGUGACUGACUAGAGUGCAUUUUCCGAUGUUGGCAUUCAAGUUAGCUACUCUGUUUUUAUUUUUUAGUAG